UAAAAAGAAACUGCUCUCCAGAAAGAACUUGAACCAAAGCAAACGAAACCACAACAAAACUGAAACUGAAACUCACCCAAACCAAAAGCUUUUUCACUCUAAAACUCGAAAACCGAAAUUUUCAUUCACAUAAUAGAAAUAGUUGUUCUGGGGCAGUUUGGUUGCUUAAUAGUUAAUGCCCACUUGAAUCAUACACACAAAUGGAGACUCGGGUUGAAGGGAAACCUACUCGUCUUGCAUCAGGGUUCUCAGAUAACUUGUCUGAGACUUGCAAGGUGUGAUCUUUCUCCCAUUUUGGUGAACCCUUUGUACAAUUCCUUUUGAAUUUUGUAAAGGAUGGGUACUCCAAAUGGAAGAGGAAUUCACAAGUCUGAUGAUGAAAUUCCUUUUGACUCCGACAUAAAUUAUCACUCGGCUGAAUCUAGUCUGGUGGAGGUACUUGGAUCACAUUCUGGAGAAUCUCUGACUGUUCAUCAUGAAACGUUGGCUGGUAUUGUUUAUAGGAGCAUACAAGUUGUGAUUUUCUCUAACAAACUCAACUUGCUUAUGCCUUUUGGGCCUGUUGCAAUUCUUGUGCAGAAGUUGACUGCUCAUCUUGGUUGGGUCUUUGCUCUGAGUUUGUUGGGUAUAAUGCCUCUGGCGGAGCGGUUAGGUUAUGCUACCGAGCAGCUGGCAUUUUACAGUGGAGAUACUGUUGGGGGUCUUUUAAAUGCUACAUUUGGAAAUGCAACAGAAUUGAUCAUCUCAAUAUAUGCACUGAAAAGUGGAAUGACACGGGUUGUCCAGCUCUCUUUGCUGGGAUCAAUUUUGUCCAAUAUGUUACUAGUGCUUGGAUGUGCAUUCUUAUGCGGUGGGAUUGUUAAUCAUAAGAAAGAACAAGUGUUUAACAAGGCAACUGCUUCUGUGAAUUCAGGAUUACUGUUGAUGGCAGUCAUGGGCAUACUUUUUCCAGCUGUGCUACACUAUACACAUACCGAGGUUCAUGUUGGGAAGUCAGAGUUGUCCCUUUCAAGAUUCAGCAGCUGUGUCAUGCUUGUGGCCUAUGCUGCAUACCUGUUUUUUCAGUUAAAAAGUCAAAGAAGUCUCUAUGUCUCUGUGAACGAGGAAGAGGGUCAGAGUGGAAACAACUCAAAUGACGAUGAAUCACCAGAUAUUUCGAAAUGGGAAUCAAUAAUAUGGCUUUCGGUUAUGACUGCUUGGAUAUCAAUCUUGUCUGAAUACUUGGUUGGCGCUAUAGAGGGAGCAUCUACUGCAUGGGAAAUUCCAAUUGCAUUUAUCAGUGUCAUAUUGCUUCCGCUAGUGGGGAAUGCGGCUGAGCAUGCCAGUGCUAUAAUGUUUGCCAUGAAAGAUAAACUUGACAUUUCCAUAGGGGUUGCAAUAGGCUCAUCCACACAGAUAUCUAUGUUUGUGAUACCAUUUUGUGUUGUUAUUGGCUGGAUAAUGGGGCAUUCUAUGGACUUGAACUUUCAACUAUUUGAAACUGCAGCACUAUUUGUUACUGUUUUAGUUGUAGCCUUCAUGUUGCAGGAAGGAACUGCUAAUUACUUCAAAGGAUUGAUGCUUAUUCUUUGCUAUCUGAUUGUGGCAGCCAGUUUUUAUGUACAUAUAGAUUCCUCUGAAUAGGGUACAUGUGUCUUACAUUGUAUAUGUAGUUUUCUGAAAUGAGGUUGUGAAGAUUUUGUUGUUCCCCUUACUCAUGAAAUUAUUUUUCCUCUUGUU